AUGGUGAAAGCAGUAGAUGAAGUCUUGCACCAACUCGAGACCAAAUCUCGUUUGAUAGUGGAGGCAGGGAGAUUUGAUACACAGCAGAACGAUCGCAUUAUCGAAGCUCUUCAACUCUUGGCACAUGACGGGCCCAAUGUGGGAUCCCCGGCCUACAGGAAGAAAACGGUCUACACACAAUUUCUGAAGCUGGUCCAUGAGGCUGUUGGAACAAAUGGCGUGAUACUUUGUGCGGCUGGGCUAGGGGCCACCUACAUCGAGGCGAUGGGGAAACAGGCUCGUAGCGCCGUUCCGGGUAGACUGCAAGUCAAGCUGUCCCAAGAGUUCAUUCAAGUCGCGUCGAAACAUCAAGCCUUGAAAGACAGCCCGAUAGUCACAUUGGACCAGCAGACUGUCUCUGUGGACGGAAGACAGCCGCCCCCGACGCUGUACCUUGACCCAUUGGACAGUUUGAGGUCCUACCAGGAAUAUCGGCCGCUCUUUUGGGAUGACGUGCAGAUGUGUUUGGAAAAUCGCGCAGAGGGAAUGCCAAUGUUGUUCUCUAAUUAUUCGGGUAUCCCGGCAUAUGUGGCAUUUCCUAUCAGCUGGAAGGCUGAGAUGCACCUUCUCGCAAGAAAUCAUUGA